UCUCCACCUCACAUCCCUCCAUCAGCCGCCCGCUGACCUCUGACAGCAAACACGGAAGCAGCAUGGCGUCAAACAGCAGCAGCAGCACCGCACAGCAAAGACUCAGGAUCAUAGCCGGACAUUUGCAGAAACGGCCAGAAGAUGAAAACACGAGCGUCGCUGCGCAGGAGUGCAAAGCCGAGACGCCCCGAUCCAACCCGAGCAGCGUGACACCGGUCCCGAAGAGGAGGCAGGAGAUCAUGAAGUGGAAUGGCUGGGGUUACAGUGACUCAAGGUUUCUGUUUAAUAAAAAGGGUCAAGCAGAGUUCACAGGGAAACGAUAUCGGUUGAGUGGGCUGAUUUUACCAAGUUUGAAGGACUGGUUUGAGGGUACGUUUGGAGCCAGUUUACAGCACAAAUCUCCUGCCACACCCAGUCUGAACUUAAGUGCAGUUGCUCCUCCUAACCUGAACGAGCCCUUCAUUGAGGAUCUGAAAGCAGUGGGUGUGGCCAUGUCACAUGACCCAGAGGACCGGGUUUUCCGAGCUCAUGGUCACUGCCUACACGAGAUCUUUGCGCUGCGCGAGGGGAGGAUAGGACGGGUGCCCGACAUGGUGGUUUGGCCGAGCUGUCACAGUGAUGUGGAGAAGAUUGUGGAAUUAGCCUGUAAACACAACAUCUGCUUGAUACCCUACGGAGGUGGUACUAGUGUGUCCAGUGCUCUAGAGUGCCCUCGUGAGGAGACUCGCUCCAUUGUCUCUUUGGACACAUCACAGAUGAACCGAAUAUUGUGGAUUGACGAGAAGAAUCUCACAGCUCAUGUGGAGGCUGGAAUCAUCGGACAGGAUCUGGAGAGACAGUUGAAUGAGCGUGGCUACUGUACGGGCCAUGAGCCAGACUCCAUGGAGUUCAGUUCUCUGGGCGGCUGGGUGGCCACACGGGCAUCAGGCAUGAAGAAAAACAUCUACGGCAACAUCGAAGACCUGGUGGUGCAUAUAAAGAUGGUGACCCCUAGAGGAGUGAUUGAGAAGAGCUGUCUAGGGCCCCGCAUGUCCACCGGCCCCGACAUACAUCACUUCAUAAUGGGUUCAGAAGGAACUCUGGGAGUGGUGACUGAAGUUACAAUGAAGAUCCGACCCAUUCCUGAGUAUCAGAAGUACGGCUCCGUUGUCUUCCCAAACUUUCAGCAGGGUGUGGCGUGCCUGAGAGAGGUGGCCAGACAGAGAUGUGCUCCAGCAUCCAUUCGGUUAAUGGACAACGAGCAGUUUCAGUUUGGUCAUGCACUCAAGCCACAAGUGUCCUCCAUAUUCACAUCGUUCUUGGACGGGUUGAAAAAAUUCUACAUCACAAAGUUUAAAGGCUUCGACCCGCACCACCUGUGUGUUGCUACGCUGUUAUUCGAAGGCGAUCGUGGGAAGGUUUUGCAGCAUGAGAAACAGGUUUACGACAUUGCAGCCAAAUUUGGGGGUCUGGCAGCAGGAGAGGAUAACGGUCAGAGGGGUUACAUGCUGACGUUUGUCAUCGCGUAUCUGCGGGAUUUGGGAAUGGACUACUAUGUGAUCGGAGAGUCGUUUGAGACGUCUGUUCCUUGGGACAGGGUUUUGGACUUGUGCAGGAAUGUGAAGGAGAGGAUUGUACGAGAGUGUAAGGAGAGAGGAGUACAGUUCCCACCGCUCUCCACAUGCAGAGUUACACAGACGUAUGAUGCAGGUGCUUGUGUGUAUUUCUAUUUUGCCUUUAAUUACCGGGGUCUGAGUGAUCCAGUUCACGUCUACGAACAAGUGGAGCAUGCAGCCCGGGAGGAGAUUCUAGCCAACGGAGGAAGUCUGUCUCACCAUCAUGGAGUGGGAAAACUCCGGAAGGAAUGGAUGAAAGAGAGCGUGUCCGGCGUGGGGCUCGGCAUGCUCAAGUCGGUGAAGGAGUACGUGGACCCUCAGAACAUUUUUGGCAGCAGAAACCUGUUGUAAUUCACUAACACUCUGCGUUCAUGCGUUUUCUAUUAUCAUCUAGUCCGAUUUGAUUUAAACUUCAUAUUCCUGCCUUUUUUCUUGGUGUGUGUGAGCACAGUAAUACGAUAAACCACUCUUCUGUUUCCCAUUAACCGAUCCUCUUGCGUUAUUGUCACCUUUGACCUUUGACCUUGUGUUUCGUGAGGAGGCAGGACUCGAGUGUCCGUAACAUCCUGCCUCCUCGUGAUCACGUGACCUAAGUUUUCACCGGUCUUCCCAUUGCUCUUCUGAUUUAACAGGUUUUUGAUACUGUAACGUCUGGAUGCUUUUGUGUCUGGCACUACUGUUGUUUCGUACAUUAGCAGUGACUGAAUUAUGCUUUUUAAAGCAGUGUGCCUUUUGUCUGUCUGUCCGUCCGUCUGUCUUAAACUCCUCUUUCUGAGUGGCUAAAUGUUUACUGUCUCUUAUCCUCUCUUCCUUACUGUACUUUUGCCUUUUCUAUUCGUCUGUCGAACUAGGUGUAUUAUAAUUUUUGGGUGAAUCUCAUCAAAAAUGUCCUGUUUUUAUUUCACUCGAUGAGAAAAAUAUAAAGAGAAUGGAGACAAAUGUUUUGGAUGGUAUAUAUGUGUGUGUAUAUAUAUAUAUAUAUAUAUAUAUAUAUAUGUAUAUGUAUAUAUAUAUAUAUAUAUAUAUAUAUAUAUUGUAGCCUACCAGAUUUUUAAUGUGUUUUAAGAAGUCUCUUCUGCUCACCAAGCCUGCAUUUAUGUGAUCCAAAGUACAGCAAAAACAGUAACAUUUUUUAAUAUUUUUACAAUUUAAAACAACUGUUCUCUGUUUGAAUAUAUUUUAAAAUGGUAUUUAUUUUUGUGAUUUCAAAGCUGAAUAUUUAGCAUCAUUACUUCAGUCACAUGAUCCUUCAUAAAUCAUUCUAAUAGUCUGAUUUGCUGCUCAAAAACAUUUAUUAUUAUUAUUAUUAUUAUUAUUAUUAUUAUGUUAAAAACAGCUGGAAAUAAUUUUCUGCAGGUUUCUUUGAUGAAUAGAAAGUUCAGAAGAACAGCAUUUAUCUGAAGUAGAAAUCUUUUGUAUUACUUUUUCAUCGCUUUUGAUUAAUUUAAAGCAUCCUUGCUAAAUAAAAGUAUUAAUUUCUAUAAUUUCUCAACUGUUUUAAAUAUUGAUAAUAACAAUAAAUGUUUUUUGGGUUUUUUUCUGCACAGUAAAUCAGCAUAUUUGAAUGAUGCUAAAAAUGUGGCUUUGAUCAUAGGAAUAAAUUGCAUUUAAAAAAUAUGUUUUAACAGAAAGCAGUUAUUUUAAAUAGUAAAAAUAUUUAAGUAUUUUACUGUUUUUGCUGUACUUUGGAUCACAUAAAUGCAGAUUUGGUGAGAAGAGACUUCCUUAAAAAAACAUUAAAAAUCUUACUGUUCAAAAGCUUUUGACUGGUAGUGUAUAUAUUUCAUUUACAUUUUUAAUAAGGUUGUGUAGGUGACACGAUUGAACAAUGAAUGAUACAAAAAAGUAAUUGAAUUAAUUAAUACAUGUAUUAGCCUUGAUUGUUUUUUUUCCCUCUCUCUCUCUCUUAUGGAGAUGGAAUAUGACCUAGACAUUUUUUAUGAGAUUCACUAUUUUAAGAGGUGCAGUUUUUGUGUAUUAAGCAAGAUCUGUUGAAGAGUAACCCCUGUGAGUGUGGGGUUAAACAGAGAUGUUGUGUCUUCAAGCACAUGGUCUGGCUGACAGAGGUUUUGGACUGAGGUGAUUUGGUUUGGCUUGAUCGUCAAAAUGAUCGGCAUCAAAUCCCUCCUCGUGUUUCUACCAAAGACUGUCAGCAUCUCUUCUUCGGCCGACUGCUUCAGCCACACACGCAUUUGUACAUCCUGUAUAUAAACACGACUACAUGAUUUGGAGAGUGUGUUCGCCAGAGAUCCAUCACGAUAAAUUGUAUUUUUUUAACACAACGUAUGCAAAAAGCCAGAGAUUAUCUGAAAUGGUAUCUAAAACAUUUAUGUGACUGUUACAUCAUUUGAUUUGUAUGCAUUUAACUUUGAGGAAAAAAUAUGUGUGGCAGAAUUCCUCCUGCGUUCAUCUGUCAUCAAGUUAUACAUUAUACUCAGUUCUUCUCAAAUCUUCAAGUGGUUUGACUUGUGUAGGAGAUGCUUGCUUUCAAACAAAUAGUUCACUUAAAGGAUUCGUUCACUUUUAGAAUAAAGAAUUCCUGAUAAUGUACUCACCCCCAUGUCAUUCAAGAUGUUCAUGUCUGUCUUCAGUUGCAAAAAAAAGGUUUUUGAGGAAAACACGCCAGGAUUUUUCUCCAUAUAGUGGACUUCAAUGGAGAUCAAGGGGUUGGAGGUCCAAAUUGCAGUUUCAGUGCAGCUUCAAAGGGCUCUACGUGAUUCCAGCCGAGAUCUUUUCUAGCGAAACGAUCUGUCAUUUUCUAAAAAAAAAAUAAAAAUAUAUCUAAAAUUUACGCCUUGCCUAAACACGUUGGAAAAGUCAAGCGUUGUUAGCUCUUUGACUGUGUGCUUUGGUUCAAAAAGGUAGAAAAACUCCAUCUCAUUUUCUCAUCCAACUUCAAAAUCGUCCGACAUUGUUGUUUUACCUUUUUUGUAAAGGGCGUUUGACUUUCUUUGCAUGUUCGCGUGACCUUUCCAAUGUGACUACAUAAUGAGCGAAGUCGAGCUAGUACAAGAUGAGCAUUUGUGGUUAAAAGCUACAUAAAGUUUAAUUUUUAGAAAAUGAAUGAUUGUUUCACUAGAUAAGACUCUUAUUCCUCACUACGAUCAUGUAGGGUCUUUUGAAGCUGCAUUGAAACUGCAGUUUGGACCUUUAACCUAUUGGUAAAAAUCCUGAAAUGUUUUCCUCAAAAACUUUUAUUUCUUUUCGACUGAAAAAAGAAAGACAUGAACAUCUUGGAUGACAUGGGGGUGAGCAAAUUAUCAUUUUUAUUCUGAAAGUGAACUAAUCAUUUAAAACAGAAAAUACACUCAUUAUUUACUCAGCCUCAUGUUGUUUCAAACUGAAUGACAUUCUUUUGUAAAACACAAAAGGAGAAGUUCGGAAGAAUGUUCAUGCUGCUCUUUUCCAGACAUUGAAAACAUUACAGAAAGGGAUAAAAAGUAGUCCAUACCAUUAAAAUGUGUUCAUAUUCCAGGUCAUAUGAUCUUUCACAAUCACCACAGGCUCUUUCUGUACUUUAAAAUUUGCCGCAUUGACACUUAUGAGACGCAUGACCACUGCCAUUGAUGUCAAACCUGGUGCACAUUAACGCAAUAUGUGUAAAUAAGUUUUGAGAGUCAUCUGCUGAUACCUCCAUGGUGCUUUUUCACACUUUCAAUGUAAUGAAAAAGCAGCAUGAGCGUUCUGUGCAAUUUUUGUGUUUUGCUGAAGAAAGCAAGCAGUGUGUGAUUUUGGAGCAGCAUGACUUUGAGUUUGAACCUGAUGAUGAAGGUUGAACUAUUCCUGUAGGCUACUAAGUUGUGUUGACCUGAAAGAGACACAACCGUUUAAAUAACCCAUUAAUUGAGUGUGUUUAACAGUGUGUGUCCCGUUUAACAGGGCAUAGACUUCUCACUUUACUAAAGUGGCACUUUUGUAAAACAUUUAAGCCUAAACAAAUAAUCCAAUAGCCUUGCAGGGUCUUUAUUUCCAGACGUCCUGCCCACUGCUGAGAGACGCCUCUCCUCGAGCCUGUCAAACGGGGCUGUGAUGUUCAGCAGAGCUUUUUCACUGCUUUCCCAAACGACACUACCAUUUAUUAAGUGUCAGAGGAGCUUUUUUUUAUGUUUCUGAACUCUUUUGUGUUGCUGAAACGCAAAAUGAAGGAUCAGACGAGGUUUUGUCACCCCUCGGAAUGAUUCCUGAAUGGUUUCAUCAUCAAACGUCUUGUUUCACUUAAAGACAAAACAACAGGCGUAUUAACAGUUUUCAAUCUGAAUAUUAUGAAAGCUCCCUUGUCUUUCCCCAGAUUUCCUGGUCAUGUGUUUAAUAUCAGAGUACAUUUUGUCAAAGCUGUUUGUGCAAUAAAUUAACAGAACAUGUCAGAACAUUUUA